AUGACUUCAACCAAGUCAGUCGCCCUAGUAGUGGGCGCGUCGCGGGGUAUUGGCCGACAGAUCGCUGUAGACCUGGCGAAGAACGAUUACACAGCUGCCAAAACCGCCUCCAAUGUAGAUAGGACGGCCCCUUUCCCACCCGACCGAAACUCAUCGGAAUCAACCAUCAAUACAGUGGAACGCGAGAUCAAGGAAGCCGGUGGCAGAGCAUUCUCAAUUCAAGUCGAUGUCCGAAAUGUGUCCCAGGUCGAGAAUAUGGUAAAGGAAACGGUUCGCCUUACGGGGCGGCUUGAUGUCUUAGUCUACAACUCUGGCGCGAUCUGGUGGUCUUCGGUGGCGAAUACUCCUACUAAACGGUUCAAACUCAUGCAGCUUGUCAAUCCCGAAGGAUUGUAUGCGAGUGUGCAGGCAGCGCUCCCCGAGUUUGAGAAGAAUGGCUGGAAGGGUCGCAUCGUGGUCGUGUCGCCGCCCAUCUAUUCCAGGUUCUUCCGUGGGAAGACAGCGUAUGCAAUGGGUAAGGUUGCAAUGAGCGUUCUCACCCGUGGCCUCGCAAUGGACUUUAUUAGAGGAGGCCACGAGAACAUGGCUAUUACAAGCCUGUGGCCCGCCACGAGCAUCGAAUCCGCUGCCACAGAGGCGACCGCUGCAAAUCGUGGUCCUAGCUUCAAGUCAGACCUCCGAAAGCCAACCGUCUUCUCUGAUGCUGUCUUGGGCAUUCUGAAUACCCCAGCGAAGACUGUUAACGGCAUUCUCGCACUCGAUGAGGAUUUUCUGCGCGAGCACUGUGGUGUGUCUGAUUUCUCUAAAUACUCCGUUGUACCUGGGACCAAACCCCGGAGAAUCAUGCCAAAGGAGCUACCCAUUCUGGAAGUAGCAGAGCAGGAAGACGAAGGGAUGCGAAUGGAUAGCACUAAGAUGCGAUCGAAGCUAUAG